CAAUUUGAUUCGAUAAAAAUCAUUGACAACCAAAAUGGAGGACAUGAAAUAUGCAAAGUGCCCGAAUUACUUGAAAACAUUUUCAAUUUAAUUUACUAAAAUUUGCCAACGUUAGAAUUUCUAAUUUUUUAUAUAACACAUAAGAUUUCAGUUGUUGAAUUAAACUCAAAAGGCCAGACUGAGUUAAUCAUGCAUAUCCAAAGAAGACAUGCACUUCAGUUUGACUUGAUCAGUUCAGAUGAAAUAUAAGUCAAAAUGUACAAAAACGAAUACCAGGGAGGACCAUACUUUGAAGUUUUAACACCACAAGGCAAAGAUUCCCUUGCAAACUGGAAGUACCCAAGUAAUGGGUUUAAAAAGGAAUAUGAAAAAGAAGUGAAGAGUUAUGUAUUUUAUAUUGAGGGAACUCCUGCUACUACAAAAAUACAGAUCCCUAAGGAUCCAAAACAAUCACUAACCUUGAUACAGCGGUACCUGAUAUUACAAUUGUUUGUGGGUAAAGGCCAAGACUUCUUAAUAGAACUUGGUGUUACAGAUUUAGGUAACAACAAAAGAAGACUGUUCCUAUCAACAACACAGAAAGAAACCCAAGUAGCAGCAUCAUUACAUGCCAGAGUUCCUCUCACCAUCAUGAAAAAACAUAAGUGGUUGAAUCUUUGUAUUGAUAUGGUAUCAAUGGUAGGAGAGAUAUGGAGAGGACAAACAUACAAAGCUAUAGAGUCUAUUACAGUGUCAGCUAAUUGUAAAAUACGACGAAUUUUCACAAUGAAAACACAGCCUCCUGAUACAGCUGGAGAUGAAGAACUGUAUGGUUGUCCAAAUAGCAAUUCAGGAGAGAUUGAUCAGAUACCUAAACAGUUCCAGAUAGCUCCUGAUGUGGACCAAGUUACUCAGUUGCUGAAUAUAACAAAAAUUAAGCAUGUAGAAAGAUUAAAGUCUGGUGGGGAUGUUAGUCGUUCUUCAACAUUGGAUCUAGAUUUAAGUGGAAGAAGAUCUUCAUUUACUGAUACCAGCAGAUACACUAUUGCUUUUGGUACCAAGGUUGCUGUCAACCCAACCAGUGCCCGAAGGGGAAAAGAGCCUGGUCUUAAUACAAGUAGAGGUCACAGAAAUACUCAUUCUAGAAUUGAUGGCACUCAUUCAAGAGUUGAAGAUGGCUACGGAGGAGGCCAGGAUUUAUCAGCAAGUAUAGUCAGUAAAGAUGGUUUGGUGUCAGAGGCAACAAAUCAAGCUUAUAGUGCUGGAUCAGUCAGACAAGACCAUAAUAAAUCAGUAUUACACCAGAGACAGCAUUCUGAUCCAUUAACCAAAGAAUCCUUAGAAAUGAUCUCUAGAAUAGAAAUUGACAGACAAGAUAAAAUGAUUGUACAGCCACAUCCACCAAGAGAACCUUCAUCAGACAGACACAAAAGGAGACGGAUACGUGUUAAAAAUGGUCCAAAUAACUCAAAUAAAGACCGAGUUAAUAGUGCUGGGUCUGCAAAAGAUGAAAAUCAGAAUAUAUCUCCACAGACUAAGUCACCACCAGAAGCUAGUCGUGUUCUAAGUCAUUUAAGGCCAAACAGGCAAAGAAGGACAUCUUCUGAGUCCGAGUCUCUGAACUCAGGUUCCCCUAAUGAUUCAGGGGUAGAGAGUAGGCCAUCAUUUGCCAGCAAGGCAGAAGAUAUAUACACAAGAAAAAGUGGAGAGUAUAAUGUAAGGAAUUACCAAGGAGAUGGACGAGAUAUGGAUGAAUCUGUAAGUAAUGUGAUAGCCAUGUUAAACAGGGAGGAUGUGCUAGAUAUACAUGGAGGUAAUUCGGCAGAAUCAGACAUUGAGGAUGAAGGCGGAGGAGAGUAUGAAGAAAGCGAUGAUGAAAUUGAGGAAGAGAAUAAUGAAAUGUUUCUGUUUGUAUCCAAGCCUAAGUCAGCACCCAAAAGGCGUUUAUCUCCAAACAACAUAGCUGAUAAUGAUGUAGAUCACAAUAAAAUUAAUACAGUUUCAACAACCAAAGGACAUAGAAAAGGAAGUAGACCAACAUUGUCAAGAGGUCCAAAGCCUGAAGAUGAUUUUCAUAAUGGCAACCAGUCAAGUAGUGAUGAAAAUGACAGUAAACUUAGAAAAAAACUACCUGGGUCUAGGCCAGCUAGUGGCUCAAAUAGUAGACCCCAUAGUGGUUCAAAUAGUAGGCCACAUAGUGGCACAUCUCUGGGUCGACCAAACAGUGGCACAUCAUUAGGUCGACCUGGAAGUGGUACCUCAGGAGGAAGGCCACAGAGUGGCACAGUUGUACAUAGACCUAAUAGUGGUACAUCUAGUGCUGGUGCUAGUCCACAAACUUCUAGUGAUAAACGGAAAAAUAAAACUGAAAAGAAACCGUCUAGAAAUAUUGCCUCUAAAAAAGGCAGUACUACAGACACAGGAUUUUCUGAAAUUAGUGUGGGAUCUAAAACUUCUAAAGAUACAAAAUUAAAUUUGAAACCUUUGCAAAAUGGACCUAAAAAGGCCAGUGGUAGUCCAGAAUUAAGUGCUAGUCAAUUACAAGAUCCUUUAGAAGCUACUCUUACAAAUAGAAGCAUUUCACGUAUGAGUCGGAAGUCUCUAAGGGAAAUUUCUCAGGCUGAUGUAAGAAAGUCAAUAGCAAAAUCAUCGGAGAAACCGUACGAUGUUGCAAAAUACCAAAUAGCAGAAGUAACCGAUUCAUUUGAAGCUAGAAUGUUUGAAAGUAUGAAACGUCAGAAUGAAGACGCCAUGGAAGAUGUUGUGCCAUCACCAAGAAAAACUAAUUCUAUCAGUCCAGCUAAAGGUCCAACCAUCAAUAUUCCUAUACAAGGGAAUUGUCCUACCCUUGGUAAUGGUGUACUAUAUGACUUAUCACCUCAUGCUACAAGUGAUGAAGAUAGCACAUGGCAGGCCCCUCCAAACAAUCCACAUAAUUUCCAAGAUGAAAUGAAAGGAAGGUUAAGCACAGACACCAUGUCAUCCAAUCCAAGAGAUUGGAGUGGUGUAUUUAGUCCACCAAUAAUAUUACCUCAUGAACUUGCCAAUUCUACAGAAGAUUUCUCCAUCAGCAGCACAUCACCAACUAAAGAUCAGAAUACAGGAAGAACACAAGACACAGACACUGAAGAAGAAUUAGAUUUGAUGUAUGAUCCUUGUCUAAACUGUUAUUAUGAUCCCAAUACUUGUAAAUAUUAUGAACUUAUAUGAAUUACUCCGUCUCACCUGUGUAUAAUCAAUGUCAUCCAUCUAUUCACCAGAGAUUAUACAAAUGAAUGGCAUGCAUGAUCUGUAUGUGAUGUACUAUGGAUUCAUUAUUAUUUGUUAAAUACCAAUUUUUAUGGAUUUCAUGGUUACCCAGGAAUCACCAAUUCCAAUGUUCACUAAAUUGUAAAUUUUCCAUAGGAGUAUAAUUUAAUUUUGGAUGUAACGGGUCUUCUGAUUGGCUGACGUUAUUUUGUUAUAAGCCCAUAGACAUAAUUUAGUCAUGUGACCGUGACAUCAUCAAAGUUUUUUCUUGGUUUUCUACGGUUUAAAAUGGAAUUUAGAAUUAAAUUAUAAGAAAUGACCUACGCGCGUAUUCAGUGUGCACUAAGUUUUUUUUAUCUUAUUACUUCAUAGAUAGAAAAAUUAUUACAGUCAUUCCUUAAAUAGAAAGCAGACUUUGACAAAACCACAAUUUCAAAUAUCCAUGAAAAAUUGGAGUUCAAUCAAUUUAUAAAAAAAUGGUAUUAGCAAAAAUAGCAAAAAUAAAUGAAUCCACAGUAGGAUAUUUUGAAAUUGUAUCCAAUGUACUUACCAUGCAUUUACUAUGAUCAUUGUACUGUGUUAGAAUGAAACUGCAUGGUGAUGUUUGUAGAAUGCAAGUCAUUACAGCAUUUAUAAAUAUUGUAUUUCAAAUACUGGAAAACAUACAGCAAUUUUAAAAUUUGCUUCAAGCCUCAUGGCAAAUUUGCACCAUAAAUAUUCCUGAAUCAAUAGGUGUUGAUUUAUAAAAAAUAAUAAUGGCUGAUGCAAUAGUAUGAAUAUCUGUCAAUAUUUGAAAACCUCUUAGUUGUGAUAUGUGCCAUAAUUAUCUGUGAUAUUUUUAUUUAUGUAUGUGAAGUGUUUGUUGGAGUUCAUUUUGUUGAUUAAGGUUUUCUAGGAUGUUUUUGUUGUUACUGUGUAUUGGUACCAGUAACUUGAUGCUUUGAUAAUAGAGCGAGUAUUAUAUAGCAGUUUUAUUGCAUUUAUCAUCAUUUCAGCAUUAUCUAUUUUUGUCAAAACAUUGGGAUUUUUAAUCCAUAAAAUUUUUAAUGUCAAGAGUAUCCACAGAAUCAUCAAAAUUGAUUUAAGAAAAUGCAACAAAUAUGAUUGAUGUCACACAAUGUAACUGUCUAAUUUGCUAUAUUUGAAAAGAACUUCCUAAAAUAAGAAAUGAUUUUCAAUUUUCCAGAGUGCCUGUAGACUUUAAACCUAUAAAGAAAGCCAUACAUUGUUUCUCAUAAUUGUUCAUCUCAAGGCCAUUUUAAAUUAUAAAUAUGUAUGCGACAAUUUAAAUUUAUAUAGAGAAUUGAUAUGGGUAAUGUUAUAUUGUUAGUGUAUGUGUAUCCCCAGCAACUCACAAACUAUUGAACAUCCUUAGCAAUUCACUUAAAUGUAGCACAAAAACUAUUUGUUGCUUUGUCUUUAUAAUACAUAUAUAUUCAAAUACACAGCAAGAAAAGCUGACUGGAAACAGUAAUUUCUAUAAAUACAUUUAUAUGACAAAAGUAAAUUUUCCUUGUUAAAAAACACACUUUGGCAAUAAAAUACAGCUAUUAACUUUCUUUUGGUUUCAUCAUUAUCAUUCCCGAAUUCUAUUUUAUGAAGUGUUAUUUUUUCACACGCCAUGUAUGUACUAAUGUGGACAUUUCAGCACAUCAAGCUAAAUGUUUCAUCAAUUACUGAAAUAUAGGUUAACACACACUUACAUGAUGUGAAAGGCUCUGCAAACAUUGUUAAAUAUGUGUAGCACUUUUGUAGAAAGUAUGUGUAUAUAUAUUUCUUAAAAGAUCACUUGCCACCCAAGUCAUUAAUUUAUAAGACACCAUAUAGUAUUAUGUAAUUUACAUCAUUCAAAAUGAAAUGUGAAAACAAAGAAUAAAUAAAUAUGAAAAUGA